AUGGAACAGCCGACAUUCACAGCACAUGUUUUGGAUACAACUAGAGGUGUUCCUGCAGAAAAUAUUUCGGUUUCGGUUUUCAAACUUAGUACUAGUUCGGGUACUCUUACACAAGAGCAACUUGCUACUGCAAUUACAAACUCCAACGGCCGUGUUGGUCAAUGGAACGUACCCUUGAAAGAAGUCGAAUCUGGGGUUUACAAGUUUCGGUUUGAUACGGGUCCUUACUAUGACGCUAUGUCGGUUGAAACCUUUUAUCCGUAUGUCGAAUUAACUGUUCAAAUAAAGAAGGGCCAGCAUUACCACAUUCCUCUCCUUCUAUCUCCUUUCGGAUUCACUACCUAUCGCGGCUCCUAA